AGUGACUCGCUUUGUUUUAAAUCUUACGAAGGUAAAGGAGUUAGCAUUCGCCUCAGACUAUCUAUCAGUUCAAAGCGAUUUGUCCUGUCUGAUAAGUUGUGAAGAAAGGGGGAGAGAAUUUAUAAGGCAUCAAGAUAAUAACCACGGUAUUGAAGUGACAGACAGAGAUCUAAAGACUUGUUCUGAAAGUUUUCAUCAAGAGGAAGCUCCUUUCGUUGAACGGAUUUUCCUUCCUUCCUCUAACAGAGAAAUGGGGGAAGACGAGCCGGUCGCUAAAAGAGCAUGCUUGGGUUGUGAGGAUGACUACUUCAUGGAUGUAUACAGCUUUGUACAGCCCGGACAAAAGAGCCAGCUUUGCCUCUAUCUAACCAAAGGUGGAGGCAAGGGCAGACAAGCCUUCCUACAGGAAGAGCAAUCUCGACUUGGCAUGAUGAGGGUCCAUGUCAAUAAAUUCUGUUUGAAAGAAAAGGAAGCGUGGUUGAUUAUCGCCGCGUUAAAAACGGGAGAUUUUGAAGCAGUUAAACGGAUCGAAAGAAUAAAGAUCGACCAGUUUACACUGCCAGAGAAGUUAACUUACACACUUCCGCAUGGCCGCGUAGCCUCGCUGAAGAUAAGUGUAAAACUGACCAGCGAAAGGGAUGAGCUGCUCCUCGAAACGGAGCAGUUGGAGGUAAACCUACCUUCGACUCAUUUGAUUGAGACGAAACCAGCGGUGGAGCAUGGCAACAAUCCUGAGUAAAGGGAGGGACAGAAGUUCUAUUGGAGUGGCGGAGAGGCGCGUAACGUUUAGUUCGAGACGGCGCGAGUUGCUGCGAUUAAACGCACUACAUUGGUCGCCUGAGGUGGCGGUCCGGACUGAGCCUGUCCAUGGUCGUGAGACCGUGAUGUACCGUGGUUGGCGCAAGUGUGGAGCCGUAUGUUGACGACUAAGACGGCAGAAGGCGCCUUAAUCGUCCGAACUACGCUUAUCUGCCCUGUAAACAUGUAAAUAUCGGAUUGAUUUGAAUGAAAUACAGUAUCAGUUCAUAACGUG